AAAUCCCUUCUUCCCGUUUGCGCAUCUGCGUGUCUGAUCGUGAUCACGCGGCGUCGCUGAGUUUUCUUCUCUCUUGAAAUUUUUUUACAUCAGUAUACUCGACGGCAGAUAAGGUAAUAGGCGUAGCAAACGGUGUGAUUCCAUUUGCAAGCAUUUUCAAGCUCGCUGUGCCUUGUAGAAAAGCCGCGUCAACGAAUAACUGGUAAAGCCAAUCAAUUUGCAAUUUUUUCAUAACUCGCAGUAUCACUUUUUUUAUUUUUAGAUUGAUUAAGAUUCGUAUUGCCAAUUCCGCUAAUUUUGCACGUGGGGAGAGAAAAAGUAUUAAAUGCUAUAAUUCAGAAGUGAUAAUGGCAGAGUAUAGCACAAAUCAAAGUGAGUAGCUUUGACUCGACUCAUUUGCAAGUAAGCACGUUUACUGUGAUCACUUAAUUAUUAUUAAGCAAUUGUAGAACAUGUUAAAAAAUUCACGUUAUUUUGAUCGAUGGUGCUUUUGAAGAAAUGCAGCUAUUAUUUUACGUGGUUACGAAGAAUAUAAAUAAAUUGGAUAAUUGUUGAUCGCGUCGCUUUAAAUUUCAAUGAUUCGGCACCCAUGGCUCGUCUGAGGAGGAUUAAGGAGCGCGCAGACUGGUAAAGUGGGGUAGGCAACGAAUGAAGGCAAAAUGUGCUACAACGCGAAACACAGAAUGGCAGUGCGGAGAGGUGGAGGGAGCUGAAGAAGAGGAGGAAGAGGAGGAGGAGAAGAAAGAAAAAGGGGAGAAGCCGGUGUGGAGGCACGUUUUUAGCGAGGCAUCGUAAAACGCCGGGGAUUCUCGUUCGCUUCGGUUCUGCUCGACCGUCUCGCAGGGUCGCAGAGCAAAGUUACGCCAAUCUCCCCCCGUUGCGCCUCUUUCUGUUGUAGCUUUUAUUGUAUUAUAUUGCCGGUGCGUGGUCCGGCGAAAGCGAAACUUGUCGCAGUACGCAGACCAAUUAUAACGCGCCCGCCGUGUUGUUCCGCGUCGAGAGCGCCGAGCCAAUUGCGUGGACAAAUAAUCGGGGCCAAUUAAGCGCGCGGGUGCGAUGACUUCCGCAUAUGAAACGACGACGGAACGCGAGCAACAGAAGGCAACGAGUCCCCGCGACACUGUCGCUGACAUGGAGGAGACCUCGUCGUCGUCGCGAGCCAGUCUCGCAACAGGUGACUCGUCUUCCGUCGAGAUCGGCCCUCUGCCAGGUGAAUCAUUCGACGGGGAUCUGCGAAUGUACGAGAAGGAGAUGGAACAUAAGGACGAAGGAAGCGUUGGUGCCUCUGCGAAUUCGGUGAAUGAUGUUUCGCGAAUGAGCGGCCCCAAGAGCGAGGAAUUGCUCCUCGAGGAUAACGAGAGGCACGAGGAAGAGAAGGAGUCGAUCUCGUUGGAGCGCGCGGAAAGCGCGUCCACGUGCAGCGCGAGAAGGAAGCGGGUCAAGGAUCUUGGCAAGGACCAGAACAAUUGGAGCGUGCCGGAGUCGCCGGAAAUCCGGACGCAUCGACGACGCGCCGGGGAAGACGUGGAGGACGUGCGAGCUUGCUGCGAGAACGUGGCGGAAAUUUGCCUGGACGCGGACGAGAAACAAGAUGAACUUGAGAGGGAAGUUGUCGGCCAGCGAGACGCCGACUCGUUUUACGAUUCUGUACGAUCGGGAAACGCCAAGCGCGUUUCAGAGUUGAUCGCCAACGGUUGCGUGCAAAGCCUGGACGAACCGGAUUGGAACGUGUCGGGUGAUCCACCCCUAUUGAUGGCAGCAACGAGUCAUUGCCUGCCUGUGUUGAGCGCGCUACUAGCGAACGGGUGCAAUCCAGCUGUGCGUUCGCCGCGGGGUGAAACGGCACUUCACAGAGCAAUCCUGAACGGCGGGCCGGGCAAUGUGUUGAAAUUCGUGGAGGACCUCUUGAAAUACGACUGUCCGCCGGGCGUCAAAGAGGCCGGCAGUGGAUCGACUGCAUUGCACGUGCUCUCGCGUCAACUGGCCCACACGUUGCUAAAAUCCCUUCGUCACAAUUUCGACGCGGCCCUGAAGACAUUGGAACUGCUGGCGGGAGCGGGGCACGUAAACGCCAAGGAUCACCAAGGCCGAAGUGCCCUGCACAUUUUAGCGUCGUCAACUAUUUUUGAUAACAAUGACGAGAGCGACAUUGAGUCGUUGAUCGGGACGCUUCUGGCCGCCGGCGUGGAUACCGCGCUGAAGAAUGAUCGCGGAGAGACCGCUCUGCACGAGAGUUUGGAGUGCAGUGCGUUAAAUACGGCGGCAUUGUUGAUACAACACACGCCGACGGGCAUCACGUCGCGGUACGGCGAAACUCCAUUGCAUAUAGCGUCGCGGAAGAAUCAUGUUGAUAUGGUGGCGAAGCUGCUCGAACACGGCGAGGAUCCCGGCACGCAGGACGCCGGCGGGAACACUCCGUUGCACCUCGCGUCAGCGAGAGGAUUUCAUCAGACGGUCUCGCUGUUGGUCACCUCGCCUUUGGCUCAAUUGGAGCAAGUCAACAUCGACGGUCUGACAGCAUUGCAGGUCGCCGCCGAGAGCGGAUUCGUCAACGCCGUCAGGAUACUAUUGAAGGCUGGCGCGGACCCCAGUCAAACCAUGCAUUAUUGCGCGACCAUCCUGCGCCGUGAUCCCGACAUCUCGCUUCUGAUCGAUCACGAAUUGACCAGACGCCGACAACUCGCCGCCUGAUCAGUGCAUUUCCUACAGACAGUUUGCUUAAGACCGUUAUAAUUAAAUGUAACUGUAGACAAAGUGCAAUUAUCUUACUCUUGUUGCUCAAUAAAUAUCGCGAUACACAUUUAAUACGUGUGCAAUCGUAAGCGCGAUACAAAAUCCCGAUUGUGGAUCAAAGUGCACUUCACUUAAAAGAUUGCAACGUACGACCUACGAUUUAGAAUAUAUCAAGCUACGGUACAUCUUACAAGUAAACAUUAAUACGUUUAUCAUCAUUAUCGUUUUACCUUCAUUAUUGUUCAUUAUUGUUAUCGCGCGUAAUCUUGCCAACAUUAUUAAUGUUUUGGUUAAGUUUAUUUGUUAUCGACACGAUUGUUUGAAGGGAAAUUAAUAAAGUGAAACAGUAUAAGUUUUAUAA